AUGGCUAAACCACUUCGUUCAUACAAAAUUAGACAUCGAACAAGAUUUUUCAUUCUGUUUCUUUGUCUAUUAUGUCUUUCAAUAUCCCAAUCAAAUACUCUUACUUUAAACUUUACAAUUAUCUGUAUGUCUACAUUGCACAAUUUCACUGCAACAGAGGCUUCUGAAAAAUCAACAAAUGUCCUGGACUUCAUGCUUCAUAAAAUUCUUCAGAAGACCUAUGUAUACACAGCUUCUCAAUCUAAUUUAUUAUUCUCCGCUGUCGCAAUUGGUGCAAUGUGUGCGGUUUAUCCAUUUAUGUAUAUAAUUCAGAAAAAAGGAUCUAGAUCUGUUGUAACAUUUGUUGGACUAUUCUCAGCUGCAACCACUGCGAUGAUUCCAUGGGCAGCUUAUUUGGGAUUCUACCCACUACUUGCCAUGAGAUUUCUACAGGGAAUUGGUUUAUCAACGGGUUUUACUUUAAUUGGAAUAGUCACUAGACAAUGGUCAAUGCAGGUUCAGGGGGCGUUUUUUUUUGCAUGCUUGUCGUGUUUUUUUCAAAUAGGUCCAAUUUUCACAAUGCCUGUAGCUAGUGCAUUUUGUACAUCUUCUUUUGGAUGGCCAGCAGUAUAUUAUACACAUUCAAUUGUAACAAUUUUCAUAUUUCUUCUAUUUUUUACAUUAUAUAGAGAAAGUCCAGUAUUUCACACCAUCGUCACUGAACUAGAACUUUCAAAAAUUCAACGAGGAAAAGGAGAAACAAAACGACAACGCGUUCCUCUUGUUCAAAUACUCAGAGACCCUGUGGUACUUAGCAUUUGGACAACGGCUUUAGCGAAUUUCAUGGGAAUUCAAUUAACAAUGCAGUUCACGCCAACAUAUCUUCAUAAAAUCCUAGGAUUCUCUGUUCAAGACACGGGACCAUUCAGUGCAUUGCCACAAGUAAUCACCGCAUUUGUCAAGGUAUCUGCUGGAUACUCAGCCGACAAAUUGCAAUGUUGCACCCCGAAAACUUCAGUAAGAAUAUUCAAUAGUUUGGCAUUAGGUGGAAUGAGCUUCAUGUUUGUGGGACUAGCAAUAAUUCCAACUAGCAUGCCUUAUUUGGGACUGUUUAUGCUUAUUUUGUCAUGUUCAAUUAUUGGAUUCAAUUGUGGAGGAUUUUUCAGAUGCUCGGCAAUUUAUGCUGCACAGCACAAUCAUUUCGUCAUGGGAAUGAACUCAUUUCUCAAUUGUCUUGCUGCUCUUCUAGCUCCCGUUAUUGUCAAUAUAUUUGUGGAAAAUGACACGUGGAAUGAGUGGUAUUGGGUUUGGAUGAGCCACUUUGUAAUACUGUUUCUAUCGAAUUUGGUCUUCCAAAUUUAUGCAAAAGGAGAACCGGCUGAAUGGACAAAGAAAACACCAGGUAAAGAUAUUGUGGUUGAUUUUGAUGACGCUGACGUAAUAAUAAUAAAAUUUUGA